UGAGUCAGUAGUAACAUAUUAAAGGUUAAAAAGCGGCCAAGUGCGAGUCGGACUCGCCCAUGAAGGGUUCCGUUCCAUUUAUGACGUAUUAAAAAAAAAUACUUACUAGAUCCCAUUCAAACCAAUUUUCGGUGGAAGUUUGCAUGGUAAUGUAUAUCAUAUAUUUUUUUUUGAUUUUUCAUUCUGUUAUUUUAGAAGUUACGGGGGGGGGGGGACACACAUUUUUUCACUUUGAAAGUGACUCUCGCGCAAACUUUUCAGUUUAGAAAAAAAUGAUAUUAGAAACCUCAAUAUCAUUUCUAAAGACCUAUUCAUAGAUACCCCACACGUAUGGGUUUGAUGAAAAGAGAUUUUAUGAGUUUCAGUUCUAAGUAUGGGGAACACCCAAAAUUUAUUGUUUUUUUUUUCUAUUUUCGUGUAAACAUCUUAAUGCGGUUCAUAGAAUAUAUCUACUUACCAAGUUUGAACAGUAUAGCUCUUAUAGUUUCGGAAAAAAGUGGCUGUGACAUAAUCGGACAGACAGACGGACAUGACGAAUCUAUAAGGGUUCCGUUUUUUGCCAUUUGGCUACGGAACCCUAAAAAUUCAACAUCAAGUAAAGUUAACCACACUUAUUUACAUUCAUGAGUGAAAGGCAUCAUCAUUAUGACGAAAACUUGUCUCACCCACUGGAGUGACGAAAGUAGGCUUGUUCGAGCUGCUAAGGUGAAAAAUAAAAUGUAAAAUGAAAUUCCUUACUUGCUGCAAGUUAAUUUUGAAAAUAUGACCUUGAUGAGGCCUUAUAUGAAAAUGCUUUUAUUAUUCAUGGUUUCUAUAGAACGCAUAUUGUUUUUUUAAACUUAUAUCACGUGAACAAAGAUAAGUCCACGUCAAAGUUACACCACUAUACGUAAACUACAAGGUUAUCAUACAUUGGAGAUUUCCCGAUAAUAUCUAUCUAUCUGAUCGAGACAAAUUUGAGGCUAUUUGACGUAUUUCAAAUACGGACUUCUAGAAAACUGCAUGUGUAUCAGGAAGUAUUGAAACGCCAUAAUGAUACCAAUAAUAUUUAUUGGUUUUUGUCUCUUGUUUGGUGUUUGGGGACAGAGUGCACCCGUGACAAACCCGAGCGUGGAGAUUCAACAAGGGACUGUUAUUGGUACGCUUAAUAACGGGAUUUACGAGUUUCAUGGGAUACCCUUUGCUGAUUCAACUUCAGGGAGUCAUCGGUUUAAGGCACCCUUGCCAGCACCUACAUUUGAAGCACCUUUCGUCGCCAAUCGAAAAGGCAUUAAAUGCGUUCGAGCGUUAGGUGUCGGCUACGAGGGAGUAGAAGAUUGCCUGGUAGCCGACGUUUACACCACAACCCUUGACAGCUCCCACAAACUCCCAGUCAUGGUCUGGAUCAAAGGCAGAGAGUUCGACAGAGUCUACGAACACGAACUCUCAUUUAAAAACUUCCUCGAAAAAGAUGUUAUAAUCGUCUCCUUAAAUUUCCGAGAGUCAAUAUUCGGUUUUCUAUGUUUAGGAACGGAAGUUGCGCCUGGUAAUGCUGGACUCAAGGACAUCAUCGCGGGUUUACACUGGAUUCAAGAGAACAUUGAAAACUUCGGUGGCGACCCUGAUUCUGUAACGCUCUUUGGUCAUGGAAGUGGUGCCGCUGCCGUUGAUUUAGUAUCGUUAUCUCCUAUGUCUGAGGGCUUAAUUCACAGAGUGAUAGCGCAAAGUGGUUCCGCUAUCGCUCCAUGGGCAGUUACCAGAGAUAACUUGGAAUAUGCGAUACAAGUUGCCGAAGCUCUCGGUCACACAGUCAGUGAUAUUAACACGCUUUCGGAAGUGUUUACAAAAACUAGCGUAGCAGCAUUGACAGCAGUCAUAAAUGAACUUGAACUCUAUGACAAUUCAUUAGCAUUCGCACCUUGUGUGGAAAAACAAACGUUAGUAUCUUCUUUACCAUUUAUGAGUAGAUCACCAUAUCAAGUCUUGUCUGCUGGUGAAUUCUUGCAAAUACCGAUAAUGACAGGCUUUGUUGAUAAAGAGGGCACUAUAAGAGCUGAAGAAGCAAUAGAAGAUAAUUGGCUGGAGAAAAUGGAUGAAUCGUUUGAAGCAUUUCUGCAACCUGAUUUAGAAUUUGAAAACGAAGACGAUGAAAAACGUAUAGCUGAUAAUAUAAAACAGUAUUAUUUUGGUAAUGAUGCUAUAGACAUGGAUGAAUAUUUUAUGUAUCACGGUGAUACUAUGAUAAAAGUAUCCGCUAUCCGAGAAGCACAGUUACGAGCGGCUUUAUCAACAUCUCCUGUAUAUUUAUAUCAAUUUUCUUACAAGGGCACUUUGGGAGAUCCAUUUGUAGGUCCAGUUGAAGUCGACGGAGCGGCUCAUAGUGAAGAACUGGCUUACUUGUUCCAUGAAACUACAGAGGGGGAAUCCUCUCAAAUAGAUCUAACAGUAAGCGAUAUUUUAAUUGAGCGGUGGACUAAUUUCGCAAAAACUGGAAACCCGAUUAGCGUUACUUCCCAAGUAACUUGGAAUCCAUUUACGUCAGAAAAUAACAACUACCUCCACAUAGUAAAUGAUGAAAGCCAGCAGAGUUCUACUUUCGAAGUAGAAAUGCAGAACCCUCAUGCCGUCACUGUUGCUUUCUGGAAUAGUAUAUAUCGAGGACAUUUUAAGGAUGCCGAGGGUCAGUUCGACCUCAAUGAAAGGCAAGAACCUGAUAUUAUCAUUGUAGAUAGCAAUGAAAAUACAGAAGACGGUGAAGAAAAUCCAGAAGGUAGUGGCGAAAACCCAGAAGGUAGUGACGAAAAUACAGAAGGCAGCGAAGAAAAUACAGACAGUAAUGAAGAUAUAGAUGCUGUUGAUACUGACGAUAAGGAUGACGGUGAACCUGAUUCAGCAUCUACGGCUGUUGCAUACACUUUUUCGUUCAUUGUUGCAUUCGCGCUGUUGAACCAGUUUCAUAUGACGAAAAUUAGUUCUUGAAAAAACGAGUCACUAGUGUGCUAACUACUAACUCAGUUUUUAAACAUUUGUUAUAACUUUCGUGGAUUUAAUUUUUAAAUUUUACGCUAAGUGAUUCAUUUAGAAGUUGCAUUUAGUUUAGUUAAAAUCUCCUUAAAUAAAGUACAAAAAUAACAUUUACAUUUACACAACUUUAUAAUACGUUUUAUUAGUAUUAAAGAACUUUACGUAGAUGAGUAAAAUAAAUAAAUCCUACAAUAUAGUCAUACCUACAUAAAGUCUUCAUUUGUUGACGUUUUCAUAUUAUUAUCCUGCAUUUAACUGGGGAUUUAGGUAAUCCCUAAAAAUGACGAUCAUUAACAUUAGCAAAGAUUAUAAGAGAAAAUUUGUAAAUUCCCUUCAUUUUAAGCAGUACAAGUUCUUUCAUUAAAUUAUCAAUAGUGUUCAUUCAUUCAUGGGUGGAUUAUUUGUUGACCUGUAUUAUAAGGUAAGUUAUUACCAGAUUUAGCGACUAGUUAAUUUGUGACAUACAUAGUUUACAAAAAAUAUUUAGUGACUAUUCGGACCGACUUCUCAAAAUUAGCAGUCAUUCUGCUUUGUUUAUUUUAAAAUUUUGUUUACUCAUUCCAAAAUUCACUUACCUGCUCCGCUGUUGUCCCUUUUGGAAAUAUCCCCAUCUACUCCGACCUAUUGACCUACUUUUAAAAUCCCAAAUUGAAUCAAUUUUGAACAUCCAAUUUAGCGAGCAGGCAUGGACUCAAGCCACCUUACCGAUAAGAUAUGGUGGUUUGGGUACCCGUAAAAUUUCAAGUGUUGCUCUGCCGGCAUUCUUGGCCUCAAUUCAUAGCUCCUCCGAUCUCGCAGGUAAAAUUCUCCAAGCCUCUCCGGCUAGAAACUGCGAGAUCGCGGGCCUGGUUGAGGCCUCGAAUGCCUGGCUAGCUGGACCGAGUCAAAAUGUUCCGUCUCGACCGAAGAUACAAAGGGCCUGGGAUAACAUAGCUUCAGCCUCCACUCUAAACUCACUUUUAGACACCGCGACAGGCAGGGACCGAGCGAGGCUCCUGGCAUCAUCUAAGCCAGAGUCAGGUCACUGGCUCCACGCGUAUCCUUCGCCUAACACCGGCACCUUUAUCGACCCAGAGACGCUUCGCAUAGCCGCCGGUCUCCGGCUUGGAGUUGCACUCUGUGCCGACCAUGACUGCGCGUCUUGUGAAUCACAUGUAGAUCGCCUCGGACACCAUGGGCUCGCCUGCUCUUCGGGUGCCGGCCGCUUGUCUCGCCAUGCCGCCCUUAACGACAUCCUAAGAAGGGCACUCGUCAGUGCCGGCAUUCCCGCCGCUCUGGAGCCCCAAAUAGUGCGGAACGACGGUAAACGCCCUGACGGGAUGUCGUUAAUUCCCUGGAAGAUGGGCCGCGCGUUGGUAUGGGACGCCACUUGUGCUGACACGCUAGCGGCUUCCUACCUUCCAUCGACCAGCAGGCAUGCUGGUGCGGCGGCGGACACUCGGGAGCGUCAAAAGGUAGCCAAAUAUAGCUGUCUCGGCGCUCAAUACGAAUUCGUUGCGUUUGGCGUCGAGACACUUGGUUCAUGGGGCAGAGGGGCACAGAUACUCCACAAGGCGCUGGGCAAGCGGCUGAGGGAGGCAACGGGCGACCCCCGCGCGGGCAGCUUUCUCGCGCAGAGAAUUGCAAUCGCAAUCCAGCGCGGGAACGCUGCCUGCGUGAUGGGCACCCUACCAAGGGCGCAAAAUAUUGAUAGGUAUUUUUAAUUUUUAGCUUUAGUUAUUUUAAUUGUAGUUAGAUUUAGUUUAUUAUUCAUGUUGUGAAAUUUUUGUAUUUUAAUAAGUAUUGUUAACUCAAUAAAUGUACUUAUAUCGUAUAUAUUUUAAAUAAAUAUUGUACUUAAUUUAAAAAAAAAAUAUAUAUAUGAACCUUUAAAUUGCACAACUGCAUUGCGUUAAAUUGGACACUAACACACAAGGAAGAGCGCGCGCUACUGGUAGCGGAGAGGAAGAUCUACCGCAAAAUCCUAGGACCCACACGUGGAGAGGAUGGAACCUGGAGACUCCGCAGGAACCAGGAGAUGGAAGAUCUGUUGUCCGAGCCGAACAUCAUUGGAGAAACGAAAGCCGCCAGACUCCGAUGGCUCGGGCACGUAGUCCGGAUGGGUGAGGAUCGUGCAGUCUGGAGGGCGUACUCUGGAGUUCCAAAUGGCCGAAGACCGUCUGGACGCCCUAGGUACCGCUG